GGACCAUAUGUACACAUAGACAAGGCUCAUUGCAGACACACUGUAUGAGAAGACAAAUUGUAUGAAUAAUUUGCUGUGUUUUACGGUAUAGCCCAAGCAAGAACCCCAGUGUCACAAAUGGAAAAUAGAAAAGGUGCCGGCACCUCCAGAGCUGCCAGGCGAAGACGCUGGUGGCAUCUGAGACAGCGAUGGAGGAUGAUAGGGGUGUUUGAGAUCAACGAAGAACAUGAGUUCUUCUAUCUGACAUCCAUGAUAAAAGAAGGCAUGCAUGCUUCCAUUCAGACCAAUAUGGAUACCCCAGGCCAGGAUACACUCACAGCUGAAGAUUUCAAGGCAGUGGAAACUCAAACCCACGAGGGGUUUGAGAUGCAAACAUUUGCAGAAUCAGUGUUUGCUAAACUGAGGCAUUCACUGGACAUUACAGAGGAGGAUUAUAAGAACUCCCUCUGCUCAGCCGGCCACUACCUCCAGUUUGUCAGUAACUCCAAGAGCAGGGCAGAUUUCUUUGUCACGAAUGACAAAAGAUUCUUCCUAAAGACCCAGAGCAGGCGCGAGAUCCAGUUUCUCCUGUCCAAUCUGCCGGCAUACGUAGACCACUUGGAGAAAUACCCUCAUUCACUGAUGGUGAGGUUUCUAGGUGUCCACAGGAUUGUUAUUCCAAAUGAAAUAAAGAAGUACUUCAUUGUGAUGCAGAGUGUGUUUUACCCUGAUGAAAGGAUCAAUAUUAGAUACGACAUUAAGGGCUGUGAGGUGGGUAGAUGGACUAACCCUGACACAGGGGGGAAACAAAUAAUAAAAGUACUGAAGGACAAUAACUUCGAAGGGCAGUACAUUGCAUUAGGUCAAGAGAAAUCCUGGUUUCUCCAACAAUUGAAAAUGGAUGCUGCCUUCCUUCAAGGGCUUAAUGUGCUGGAUUACAGUCUCCUACUGGCCCAUCAACCUCUGCACCGAGAUGAGCAGGAAGGGAAACACUCUCUGGCAAACCUUGUGAUUCGCGCCACAAAAUCUCUAGACUUAGAUGAGAGUCCCACAUCUUCAGAUCCCCCCACCAUUCCAUUACUGGAAGAUGCUGUGGGUGAGGUGGCACCAGAUGCUGCAGACGGUGGGUCAGACCAGCCACAAGCAGAAGCUGAGGGCACUGGUGAAGGGAUCCCCCUCCAGGAGAUAAACUGCCCUGCCAAAGAAACCAGGACUGACUCAGAACUGCAGGACUUCUAUGAGCAUCAUCGGAGGCUACUGCCCAACUGCAAAAAUGCUGUUCAUGUUGCAGAUGGGCCAGACUGGCGCUACUUUGUAGGCAUCAUAGACAUUUUUACUGUCUAUGGCUGGAAGAAAAGACUGGAGAACCUGUGGAAAAGCCUUCGCUACCCAGGCAGGGCCUUUUCCACAGUCAGCCCCCCCAAAUAUUCACGCAGAUUCUGCCAGUGGAUGCAGGACCACUGUCAGUGACACAAUGCAGAAAACAUUCAGCACUCAUAUACAGAAUGUUGCUGUUUAACCCCCAGUUCCCCAGGAUGGGGCUGUCAUAUUCUGGCUCUGUCCUGAUGUUGUGAUGUAGUGCCUCAAUCACAAUACGACGAGCUCCAUCUAGUGGAAAUCUGGGGUACAACUGUAACCUGUCAUUAAGUGUACUGUGGUGGCUGGGCUAAUUUAAUAAAUACAUAUAAUCAAAACAAAUACAUAAACCUUGCAGUGAUAUAUGCAGAUUGUGAAGAAGCACUCCCCAUACUGUCCAUUCAAUAUGUUCACUUUGCUUUCCACCUGCUCAGAUCUCCCUUUCAGGUCUUUCUGUUGAGUUUUCCUCUUUGUCAUUAAUAUAAAACUGUGUGUUGUGCAACAUGAAAUGUAAAUAAAUUGUUGUUCAACUGAU